AAAACGAGUGAUGUGUCUCGUGGGUGGCCUGAAUGCCUGAUUCACAUUAAAUCGGAAUCUCUUAACAUUAAUACUUGUAUAAGCAAAUUCCUUUCCUUUCUCCACUUCCACGUUCUUCCUCUUUCUCUCUCCUCACGAAUUUUGACAAAUUUCUAUUUGAACUCUGCGUGAAGUUGACGUACUCCAUUUCAUAACUCUUACCUUCCUCUCUUUCUCUCUCCUCCAUUUUCCCAGGCAUUUUAGGUUGAAAAUUUUUCAGAUCUAUAAUGUUUUUGUUUAAGAGUUCUCAGCACCAUGAUGGAAAUGAUCCCAUACAGCGUGAUGCAAAGGUCAAAGAACUCAAGGUGGCUCUUGGACCGCUAUCUGGACGUAAUGCAAAAUUUUGUACUGAUGCUUGCCUUAGGAGAUACCUGGAAGCAAGGAACUGGAACGUUGAUAAGGCAAAGAAAAUGGUAGAAGAGACACUGAAAUGGAGGGAUGCAUACAAACCUGAGGAAAUCCGCUGGCAUGAAGUCGCACAUGAAGGUGAGACAGGAAAGGUUUCCCGAGCGAACUUUCAUGAUCGUGAAGGAAGGACUGUCCUUAUAAUGAGGCCAGGGAAGCAGAAUACCACAUCAGCAGAAGGUAAUGUCCGCCACUUAGUCUAUUUGUUAGAAAACGCCAUCCUCAACCUGCCCGAGGGCCAAGAGCAGAUGGUGUGGAUGAUAGAUUAUACCGGCUUUUCAAUGAGCACCAGUUUAUCAGUCAGAACAGCUCGAGAUAUCAUCAAUAUUUUGCAGAACCAUUACCCUGAAAGACUUGGAAUAGCAGUCCUUUACAAUCCACCAAGGAUCUUUUAUGCAUUCUGGAGGGCUGUAAAAUAUUUCCUGGAUCCCAAAACUUCUCAGAAGGUGAAGUUUGUUUAUCCUAAGAAUAAAGACAGUGCUGAGCUGAUGAGGUCUUACUUUGAUGUGGAAAACCUUCCAAAGGAGUUUGGUGGUAAUGCCACAUUAGAAUAUGAUCACGAGGAAUUCUCAAGAAUGAUGGCUGAGGAUGAUGUAAAGGCUUCUAGAUAUUGGGGGUUUGACGACAAGCCAUCUUAUGCUGCUCAGGGCUGUGUUACUCGAGAUAUAACUGUGCAGUCCAUUCUUCCCAGUGGACAUUCAAAAGCUGAAGUAGCUCCAGAGCCAUUUUAGGGAGCAAUAGCAAAGCACUGUAAUAAGGUAGCUAGAACUGAAGUAGCCAUGGCCCAUAGUCUUGUGGUCCUCAUAAGAAAAGGGACAUGGUGUUAGUUUGUCUUUGUUUACUCAUUGCCAAAAAAAAAAAAGAAAAAAAAAAAGGCAAAGCAUUGUAAACUGAUAGUUUGUGAGAAAUUUAGUGCAGAAAUCAAGCAUCAGCUAUCUUCAUGGUGCUCUACUGCUCUCCCCAUUAAUAGCUAAAUAAGUUACUGUAAUUUACUGGAGGGAGAAAACACAAAUUACUUUGUUGUGCCUCAAUUUUAUCCUGCAUAUAUGCAAGGUCCGCGGCUGUAAUUGUUAUGCAA